ACAUUGUGGGCGUCUAGGAUUUUCUCGAGACAUCAUUUAAUGCUCUUUUUAAAUAAAUUUAAUGUCGCACGCUAAUUUUAGUUAGAUUACGAAAAUUAUUUGAAAAAAUGGGAAAUGUGGUAAGAACUUUGCAUGUUUGGAUCUUUUAAAUAAUAAUCUGAAUUCAUGCUCAUAUGUGGCAAGUCAGUUAGCAAAAAAUGUUCCAUCAGUGGCCCGGGAGCAUGAUUAGUUUCCACGAGAUAGGUUAUUAAAAUUACAUGUCAUAUGAUUUUACGAUAAAACUUCUGUGAGUGUGAAUAACUAAAUCGCAAAAAUGUUUAGAAUCAAAAGCAAGUCCCCGUGGUUCUUGCGAUAUUCUUCCGGUGGACCAUAUAAAUAUACAAAUGGAUUUUCGCAGUGUCUUAACAUUCACAACCGGACGCUCUAUGCAAUUUCUACUCUUGGUGUGGAUAGCUUCAAGAUGGUCCAAGAAAAAAUUAACUUUCAAUUUGUUAACAUGACUGAAAAAUUUCGCAACAAAAUGCAACAAAUCUCCAGUCCAUCCACUUCAAACAUAAUCUUCACAGAAGAUUUUAAGAAUAUGAUUCAUCUAGCACAUAACACUCCUGAAGACAUAAAUUUGGUGAAGACUUUGCUAAUGAAAUUUAACCGGCAGAGUAAAGAAGUUCCUUUUGGAAAUUAUGUAUUUGGUCCAGUGCUAAUGCGAAUGUUUUACUGUAUGGGAAACAUAGAGGUACCACUUGAGUUAUUCAAAAAUCCAGAACUAGAAGGUUUUUUUCAUCAAGCGAUUUCAUACCAAAUCCUUAUGGACAUGCUUUAUGAGAGAACUCAAUAUCAAGAAAUUUUGAAACUGUACGACUCAUGUAAGAAUGAAAGCCUUAAGGAUCAGCGCCACCUAAUAGUUCUAGUUAUGGCAGCAUGUUAUCGUAUUAACAGCAAUGAAUCAUUCAACUAUGCUAUAGAUCUUUGGAGUCAGCUUACACGUGAAGGUAAAAUAUUAAUGCGGAAAGCCUCCACAUUUGCCGCAGGACUGGCUUUGAGGCAAAAUGAUCCUGAAAUGGCACUUAAAAUUAUCAGUACAAUACGCCAGCAAUCCUACAUGACGGUUAGGAAUAUCAGAAUCUUAGCCAGUGCACGGCUUAAUCGAUUUGAAUGGCUUUCGGUCAACUUGAAAGAGAUUAUGGAAUUUGGAAAACAAUGUGAAACAAAUAAGCCGUCAAUUAGCGAAGACGUCCUUUCAGAAGUUCUUACAUCUCUUCACAAAAAUUGUAACAAAGAAUUAAACAAUGAAAUUCAUAGACUAUCCAAGAUGCUUCAGGAUCAUGGUCAUGUCACAGAUAAAAGUCUGAAUGAACUGCUAACAAUGCAGAUAUCUGCAACAAGUUUCAACGCAUCGCGUGUCAAUCAAAACAACGUUCUUGCAGGAAGCUUCAAAUCUUCAACAUCACGCUCUGUGAUUCCACGAUUUGUACAUCCUGGAUUAGCUGAAUUAAAGUGAUUUGAAAAUAUAAAUUAUAUUAGACGGAAA